GUCAAUUUGUAAACAGGCGUCGCGUUUUUCUACCGGUUUUUUGUUUAUAAAAUUAUAAAAAUUAGUUUUGAUCCAAUUAUUGAAGUUUAUUUUAAGUUAAACUCAUCUUCAGUAUUUACCCGUUCUUCGAUUUGCAGUAGUAUUAGGUUUUUCAUAAAACUUCUUGAACUUAACCUAUACGUUUACGCCAUGGCAGAUGAGGAUUUUAGUAAGUUAUUACAACAAGCAGAGCAGCUGACGACUGAAAUCGAAGGAAAUGAGGAACUACCUAGAGUCGAGAGAUCGUUGGGGCAAGUGUUGGAAGCAUCCCAAGAACUUUACUCAAGAGUGAUACAAUCUGGCGCCAACGACAUUCAAGCACAUCUUCUAUUUGGAUCUAAAGGCAUAGAUUUACAGCAAAUUUCACAGAAACUAGAAACACUAAGUUCAAAACGUACAUUCGAACCUCUACAACCUAUAGCAGAUUCAGAUAUUGAAAGCUUUUUGAGGAAUGAAAGAGAAAAUGCAAUUUUGUCCCUUAUUGAUGAAGUUAACAAAAAUUCUCUGCAAACUACUGAAGACCAAAAAUGGGAGCACAUGCUUUCCGAAUGGAAUAGAGAGAAGAUAAAACUAAUGAAUGCCAUGAUAGGUCCAUCCCAGAAUUGGUUGGACCUAAAACGGGCGCCUGAACCCCCAAGCAUUGCUGAUGCACCAAAGAAAUUUGGUCACUCUAUGUUAGAUAAUAUUGAAGCAGCAUAUGCAAGGCAAGUGAGACAGUACAAUAAGCUGGUGUUUCAAGGGUCUAAGUCAAGGACAGCAUUGCAUCAGAAGUUUUCACAAGUGGCCGAGGAAUUCAAUGAUCCAAAAGUAAAGGAAAUGUGGGAGAUUAUAAAGACAAUGGCAAAUAUACCAGCUUUGGUCAGAGAUGAAGAUCCACUAAAAGCUAGAGGCAAUCAAACCAUACAGCAGUGUCUCAUUGCACAGGGGAAGAAGUAUUUGGAAAAGAGAUACAAACAAUACAUGAGCGACGUUGUACGCUCGAACCCUUCAGCGGCAAUGCGCGGCGGCGAGCCCGGUACCUACCCUUUGGUGCGGGGCUUCGUAGGCCUGCGGUUACAAGGUCAGAGCAUGCAGGGGCUGACCGACGGCGUCAUAGAUGACCGUCCGCUCUGGCCGAUGGUGUACUACUGUCUGAGAAGCGGCGACGCAAACGCUGCCUUACAUUGUUUGCGGAAAGCUGGACGCGAUCACGAGGAAUUCAUAUCAGCUUUAGAGGAACACAUUAGAACCCCCGAGAAGCCUCUGAGCGACAAGUUGCAGACCGCUAUCAACUUCCAGUACCGCAUACAAGUUCGAAACUCCACGGAUCCGUACAAAAGAGCUGUAUACUGCGUAAUCGGUUGUUGCGACGUGAGCGACGAGCAUUCGGAGGUGGCGCGCACCGCCGACGACUACCUGUGGCUCAAACUCUCCAUCAUCAAGACUCGCCCGCCCAACGACACGGAGUCUUUCUCGUAUUCCGAUCUGCAGAAAUUGAUCUUAGAGGAAUAUGGUGAGACUCACUAUCACGCGUAUGAGAAACCCCUCGUUUACUUUCAAGUGCUGACCCUGACUGGGCAAUUUGAACCCGCCAUCGAAUUCUUAUCAAGAAUACCCAGGUAUCAAGUGCACGGCGUCCACAUGGCCCUCGCGCUUCACGACGUCUACAUGCUGGGCACUCCGCGGAAUGUCCAAGCUCCUCUAUUGUCGGUGGACACCGACGACCCGUCUCCUCUGCGGCGCCUCAAUUUGGCGCGCCUGCUGCUGUUGUACGUGAGGAAGUUCGAGCUCACCGACCCUUCUGACGCGUUACAUUAUUACUUCUUUUUGAGAAACCUCAAAGACCCCAGCGGCAAGAAUUUAUUCAUGUGCUGUUGCACCGACCUUGCGCUUGAGAGUCGCGACUACGACUUGUUGUUCGGCCGGAUGGAGCCCGUCACCGCACUGCGCAGUCCAGGGUUGUUAGACGAGUUCAACAACACUCAGAUUGACAGCAAGGUGAUUGCUCUCAAUGUAGCGGAACAAUUAGUAAACAAGGGCCUAUUUGAAGAUGCCAUAACGAUGUACGACAUUGCUGGGAAACUAGAGAAAGUUCUAGAACUAUUCUGCGUGCUGCUAGCCCAAGUGGUGAAUAGCGGCGGCGGCGUCGGCGGGCUUCGGGAGCGGCUCUCGGCGCUGGCCGACCACGUGUCCCGACGGCUGCGCUCGGCGGAUGUCUCUCUGCCUGCGGAUUUGGUCGACGCUUACACGAAACUCUGCAAACUGAUGACCUUCUUCGAUCAGUUCCAUAGCGAGAACUAUGACGCGGCGCUUGAGACGCUUCGCGAAUGUUCGCUCGUGCCACUUAGCGCCAGCGAGUUAGAGGCGCGAGUAUCGGGAGCGCGCGCGGCCCGCGGCGAACUCCUGCGCAGCCUGCCCGCCGUGCUGCGCGCUCUAUGCACUAUACUCCUUGCGCAAAGGCAAAAGCUACGCGCCGCAGAUCAUACGCAGAUGGCGCACGCUAACAAUAAGCAAGUGGAAUGGCUGCGGGAACAAGCGGAGGUCCUCAACACGUUUGCCGGUAACAUCGCGUACAGAAUGCCCGGCGACACCUACAGCCAACUCGCGCAAAUGCAGAUACUGAUGCACUAAAUCCUAGACUAAAAUACCAAUAAAUUAUGAGUUAAGAAUAAAAUAUUGUUAUGAAAUGA